GAAAUUCUCAGUGAACACUGCCCACUACCACUUCUCAUCUUAGCUUCCUAUUGCUACUCAUGGCUUCCUCUCCACUUCUUUCCUUUUUCUUCCUCCUAGCCUUUUUCUUUAUUCAAACUCAUGCUAGAGAUAGCCAGUUUUUCAGCAAGGUCUCUGCCACCACCACCCCUACCACCACCAUCAACAGCAAAGAGGCUGCAGCGAUCCCCAACAAAGAAGAGAACUUGAACAAGCAAGAACAAGAACCAACCUUCAUGCCAGAGACCCAAAAUGCUUAUGGCCUGUAUGGUCAAGAAUCCACCCAGACCCAGUUUCCCACCACCAAUAAAUUGGGUAAUGAACCCUACACCACAGCCACUUACAGCCCGUACAGAACCCAAACCCAGUUUCCCACCACCACUAAAUUGGGUAAUGAACCCUACACCACCGCCACUUACAGCCCUUACAGAACCCAGACUCAAACCCAAGAAACCUACGACCCCAACACCAACACCAACACCAACACCAACACCAACACCAACACCGGCGCCAAUUACUACAAUAACAAGCAGUACAGCAACAACGCAUACGAGGAAGAGCAACAAAAUCUGAGCGAAACAAGCCUUCAAGAAAGCAGCUACACCACUCCCAUGUCCGACCAGAACAACAACCAUCACUACUACAAUGGCGCGAAUGGGUACAAAAACGAAGGGAAGCAAGGCAUGAGCGACACCAGGUUCUUGCAAAAUGGAAAGUAUUACUACAACGUUAAGGGUGAGAACAACUAUUACCCAAAUCAGUACCAGGAUUCAAGAGACAAUUACGAUACUAAGGGUUAUUACAACAACAAUGAGAAUACCUCCGAGUACGGUAACUCCAUGGAAAGCUACCAGAACCAGGAGAACUUCCAAGACUUCCAAGAUGAGCGCUAUGUGCCUUGAGUUAUAGCCUUUUAAUUUGGUUUUUUGAUCAAGAGGUGUAGUCAAGAAAAUGAUUGAGUUGAUCAGUUCAACUAUAUCUAAUGGGUUGUGGCUUUUAGAGGUUAAAUUAAAUAUAUGUUCUUAUGGAAAGGAGAUAUAAAUUGAUUUAUUGUGGUAA